AUGCUCCCGCACCUGCAGCGCUCCCGCCCGACCAUAACCUCCCCCAACCCACCCGUCACCCCGCCCCUCACGCACACCCGCCCCCACUACAACCCCGCCAUCCGCCACCCCGCCUUCUUCACCGAGCGCCUGCACAAAGCGCCCUCGCCCACAGGCGCCGGGGGAUCGAGCCCCGUCACAGCGGGUUACGCAUACGUCCCUGUGUCUGUGUCUGCGCCCAAAGCUGCGGGAGCGAAGCUCUGA